GAUCGUGUAAUAACGUGUUUUAUACUGUGCUUGUAUUUUAACGUAUUAUAUUUGUGUUUUCUUCAAAGUUGCUUGACAAAAUGACCAGUCACGGGAAAGCUGAAAAAAUGUUGCCAGAACAUCAAAGGAAUCAGCGAACAAAUAAUUUAAUCAACACAGAGAAAACUGAUGAUGCCCACAUCUUAAAUGAAAAACCAGGACCGUUUAGACCUACGAAUUUACCACACUCUAAUAGAUCGAUUCAGAAUGAACAUCAAAAGGAUAUAUUCAGUAAGCGCUUCGUAAUCAACGACAAAGAAAGUUAUUCAUUACCUGCUCCCGAAACAAUGUUCAAUGAUCCAAUAUGGAAAGUCGAUAAGUUACAAGAAUUGAAAACUGAGCUGAUUACUGUGAGAAAUUAUAUACGUACUUACAAUUUUACCGAGUGGUAUUUGCACACGCAACUGAGAUGCAGGGCAAGGGAUAUCCUGACACGCCUGAGAAGAGACGUUCAACCAGAGAUGUUAAGUCGUGAAUGGGCCAAGUUUUAUGAAAUGGUAUCAUCAUUUCCUCUGGUACCUAUAACUCGCAUUGACGGUAAAAAUAAACACUUUAAGUCUGUCCAUUUAUGCGAAGCACCAGGAGAUUUUAUUUUAUCUUUAAAUCAUUGGUUAAAAACAAAUGUACCUAAUGUUCAAUGGGAUUGGAUUGCUACAUCGUUCAACCCAUAUUAUGAUGGCAAUGAAUUGUCUUCAACAUGCAUGGACGACCGAUUUAUAAGACAUACAUUAAGACACUGGUGUUUUGGUGAUGACGCCACUGGAAACAUUAUGAAUUUACAAAAUUUGGAUAAGCUGAUAAAAUUCUCCGAGCCACACAGUGAUAUAUUUUUAAUUACUGCCGAUGGCUGUGUGGAUUCUACGGAAAUUCCAGGGGAACAAGAAAAUAUGCUAACACAUUUAAAAUUUUGUGAAAUUAUAGCUGCUCUGCAUCUACUGCAGAGUGGUGGCAGUUUUUUAUUAAAAUAUUUCACUGUUUUUGAAUGCCAUUCAGUGUGUCUGAUUUAUCUUCUAUGUUGCUGUUUUAAUGAAGUUAGCAUAAUAAAGCCAGCUACAAGUAAAGAAGGAAAUUCCGAGACUUUCCUAGUGUGCACAAAUUUUAAAGGAUCGUCGUAUUUUUUACCUUAUUCAGAGAAACUUAGACAACACUAUGAAUGUGGUCCUAAAAACGCAAUAUUUAAUAAGAAUGAUAUUCCAUCUGCAUUUAUCGAACGAAUUAUAGAGGGCAGCGAAUUCUUCGUAAAUCACCAAAGUUCAGCCACACUGAAUCAGAUUUUUUUAUUUAAUUCAAGUGAUUCUAGGGAGUUGCAUGACAUGAAACACAUUCAGCGUACGGUUGCUGACAAAUAUAUUAGACUUUGCAAUUUGAAGAAAUUAAGAUCGGGAGAAAUUGUGGGAAUUACGAAAUUAAACGCAUGCCGUAGUACUAAAGUAAGUAAUGCGUUCCAUUUGUUCGAGUCAUCUCGUAAGGAACGUUGCAAGCGAAAACUUGCAGCGCAAUGGGACGAGUUGAAAGAUCUUUUUUAUGACUCUACUAAAAUAGAAAUUAAAAUACCAUCUGAUAAACCUGUACAGUUCGACGCUAUGGAAUUGCCAGAGAAUUUGCAAAUUACUACAGGAAAAUUGUUUCAUAGAAUAUGUAGUUCAAAAUUCUGUAAUGAUAACAUCCUAAACAUACAAACCAGCGUUCAUGACAUUCUUGUUGACAUGGGACUAAACGUACAAUUUCCAUCUAUAGAAACUAUAAACGAAUUGAGGAAUGACGUUCUUAGCCAGUCAGGACAUCAAAUUUUAAUUUUUCAGUAUACAGAUGUUCAUGAUAGUCACAAUAUAAUUAAUAAGACAUAUGAUGCAGUGCAAAACCUCGAUCUUGGAGACACUUUAGUUUUAACUGGUUACUCAUUACUUACUUAUUUGAAUGUUGGACUCCUUUAUCUCGUGAGCUGUGCGUUUGAAACGCUUAAAAUAACUCUUUGUGGCAAAACGGGUGCAAAAAUUACCUUUGAGUACUAUAAUAACAAUAUGCAGGUACUAAAAUACUUAGCGGACAUUAAAGCUGUUUCUCUUAGUGUUCAGGAGACAGGAAAUUCUGUUCUACACGUAAUUCCUCCACUGUUUCUAUACGAUUGUUAUCUAUUUCAAACAAUAGUGGCUAUUAAUCAUUGGGUUAGUAGAUCAUAUGUUAAUUGUGUUAUGAAUACAGUAAAAGGAAAUAUGAUUAACUGAAACAAGUUACAUAUGAUGUGUAAUGAAAUCUUAUGUACGUAUUUUGUAAGAUGUAAGCGGCCAAAGUUGUGUAGUAGCAACA